AUGGAGACCGAACAUGACUUGAUGGAGGCUCCCGCAGAGGCUAUUUGUUCAUCUUUGGGAAAGCGCAAGGCGGAGACCCAAGGCCUGGAGGAAUCCGGUGGCAGCCAACGCAGCGGAGAGGGUGUGAUCGAGAAAGGAGGUUCUUCAUCUGCCGUAUCUGGAUCUUCUCCUCCUGCAGAAGCCAUGGCGGAGCACUCCGAAGACGACGAUUCCAGGGAAUUGGAAUGGGGGUACGACAGCUUCGACGGCCACAAAUACACAACACCUAGGAAUUACUUGUACUCCGACGACGAAUCUUAUCAGAAAUCAUGCAGAUAUACGAGGCAGUAUCUUGAGUACAAGGGUUUCUACAUUGACCGAGAAAACAUCCCGGAUGGACAAAUCGGAGGAGUCGUCCCAUGCUCUGAUAAGAGCCUGGACGAAGUCUUAAAGUCAGGCAAAACCAUGGGGCAACACAUGGGAGAUCUGGCAAAAGAGGCUAUCCAGAUGUACAACCAGAUCAAUGGAACCGAUGUGACAUUUGACAAGGUGGUUAGGAUGAACAGAUCCUUAUUUAAGAUAUACUUAACUAUACUGGCCAAGGGGGAUCCCAGUGAACCACCAGUUGAGUACCAAGUGAAAGGAACCGAUGUGACGCUUGAGAGAGUGGUUAGAGUGAACAUGGCAUGGGGAUUUAAAGUGAAAUCGUACAUCACCAUUUUGGCCAAGGAGAAUCCUGAUGAACCAUCGGUGGAGUACCAAGCUGCAGUUAGGAGGAUAGGAGUUUACGUGCGAGUUGUCUCUUAG